AAUCCUCCAUUAAAGCAUCUUAAGUCUCUUUUUGUGAGAGUUUAUGUGGUCGGGUCGGCAAAAUUUUCAGGUAAAAAGGGUAUACAGAAGAUUUUCUGAUCAACCCGACCCGUAGAAGCUUCUUUGUUGGCCGCGUAAAUUGGUGUCGCACGCGGCCAUCAGAUGAAGAACAUACAUUUAGACCCUGAAGCAAAGCCAAAGCUUUGAUAUUCUCAUAAAGAAUAGAGGUCAAGAAAAUCAUCAACGAAAAGCCCUAAUUUGCACUACACGGUAUUUCCCAACUAUUGUCUUAAAACCUCUGCCUUGCAUUACAAGCCACCUCUUCAAAGUGAUACAAAAUGGUGAGGAGAAGAGAAGGUCUUACCUUACCAAUCUCGUCUUCGACGCCAUCUCUUCCCGAGUCACUACCUGAUAUUAAAACAGUGGCUCCUCAUAAACCAAAACAACGGUUAUCUAAGCAGUUAUCAAUGCGUGAGACACCUCGAGAUGUUGCUUGGGAAAAAAGGCGCCGUCAGAUGUUAAAGAUUCAGGAGAAGAAACAAAAAAGCGUCUCUGAAAACGAUAACGAUUCGCCGGAUCUAACUGAUGAAGAUUUAAGGGAGCUUAAAGGGUCGAUCGAGUUAGGGUUUGGUUUCAGUGAAGAAGCCGGACAGAAGUUGUGCAACACGUUACCAGCAUUGGACCUUUACUUUGCUGUGAAUAGGCAGCUUUCGCCUCUCCCUUCACCUAGUAGCAGCAAUGGAGGAGAUGGAUCCUUGUCUUCUACUUCUGUUUCCUCAAGCAGCAUACCUUGUAGUCCAAAAACCGACUCGGAUUCAUUAAAGAUCUUAUGUCCAGGGGACAAUCCUCAACAAGUGAAGCAAAGAUUACGACAUUGGGCACAAGCCGUUGCAUGUUCUUUGAUGCAAUCUCACUGAUGAGUGUAUAUGUUGUGACUUUAAGUUUCAACUUGAAACACUUAUUCUUUUACUUUCGUGGGUGAAAUAGGACAGAGAAAGAAUCCUACUUCGUAGGAUCUCUCUGAACAAAGAAAAAGAUAGAGAAUUUUUGGGAGAAAGAAAAUAGAGAGAGUGUAAGAGAUUACGUACCGUACUCUCUACAUACUUGUGCAAAGGGAACAAGAUGAAAAGAUGUAGCCCUUUCUUGUUCUGUACUGCUUAUUAACAUUUAAUAUAUGGUCGUGGAUUUGAUGAUUAUUUUGAGUCUUUUUCAGGUUUUUUAUACUUUUGGAUGCAUUUGGAAAUUAUAAAGCAUUUGGGAGCAAAAUUGAAGAAAUCAAGCUAAAAAACGAAUGUGCAGUCUAAAAAAGGCAUCAGUGUUGAUCAACACCAUUCAUGGCCUAGUAAGAAGUCUGACAGUUUAAAGAUUUGAAGUUUCCAAAAUUUGCCCCAGAAGAUUUCCCUUUUUGUACUAUUAGUCCCUGCACGUUUUUGAGACAUUAUAUAUAGAUUUUUAAGGUUAUUGUUUAGACUUAACCUUUUACAUAUCCAUUCUAAGUUUUAUCUUUUCCUCUAGAAUUCCUUGAGAUUUUGGAAAGUACUUCAUCAGAGAUUUCAAAACCCUGUAGAGAGAAGAUUUUUUCUAAACUGUAUUCUUCUUUUGAUUUCUUUAUGCAAUCUUAUUCAAACAUGUUUUCU